CGUCAGCCAGCCACGUGUCCGGAAAUAAACACGUAGCCACAGUUAACACUGCAAUCACUACUGAUCACGGAAAGUUGUUCAGGGUGAGACGAAGUUUGACACAGCUAUGGAGGAUCUGUACAUAAAACCAGGUAACCAGGACCGAGGCUGGAACGACCCGCCUCAGUUCUCCUACGGACUCCAGGCGGCCCAGACGCAGGGCGGCCCCAAACGGACUCUGCUCAACAAGAGAGUCCCUCCUCCACAACUCACUGGAUCUCCUUGUCCAGUUCCAGGAAUGACACCACCCACAACAGUGCCACUGACUCCUCCCACCAACCCAAUAGCCCCUCCUCCAUGCAGUAUGAACACACCCCCUUGUGCCUGCCCUCCAGUCGCCAAGCCCCCCUGUGGACUGGGAACACCCCCUCCUGCUCAGUGUCCAAUGGCAGCGCACAGAGGCACUGGCAGCAGCCAAUCGGAGAAGGAGCUUGUCAUUGACGAUGUACUGGCUGGUCUCAACUGGGCGCUGACUGCCUGUCGGCACACUGUCAGGAAGCAGGUAUGUGAUGACGUGGAGAAGCGUGUGAGACUGUUCGAGGACAUGUGGAGGUCUGGCAGGCUGUCACUUCCUGUACGACGCAGGAUGAGCACCCUGGCACAAGAGCUGCGUGGUCGUCACUGGGACUCUGCAGAUGACAUCCACCGCUCCCUAAUGGUCGACCAUGUGACCGAGGUGGGCCAAUGGAUGGUGGGAGUGAAGCGCCUCAUCGCCGAGACCAGGAACUUGAGCCCUGACCUCCUGAGCAAGGAACAAGAGGAGGAGGAACAGGAGGAGAGCAACAACAACAACACAGACAGCCCAGUUCUUGACUCUCCGUAACCUAGCAACCCGAGGGUUGUGUUCUGGGCUGGAGUUAGGGGGUGGGGGUGGCUCUCUGUGUCUACCUCAUAAGCCCGGCUCCGCCCCCAGCUGCCUGUCAGGGAUUAUUAUUAAGGGAUGUUUCUCCUGAGAUUCUGUCACUGUGACGAUCAUUGCGUUCUGUUUAGAGGAGGAGAGGAGAAGAGAGGAAUGGGGAGGGGAGAAGGGUAUUGGUCCUUCCCACCUGUGUUCUAUGCAUCCUUGUACUCUCCUUGUAUAUAGCUCUCACAUCACACUCUGUUUAACUGACUGCCCUGUUAUUGUUGACUGUGGGUGAAGGUAUUCCCUGAUGAAGAUGAUGGUAGUGAUGAUGAUGAUGCUGAUGAUGUUCUAAUAAUGAUGAUUAUUGGGAUCACGAUGAUGGUCAAAAUAAUAGUGGUUGUUCGCAAUCACACAGUAAUGCAAAUUUGUUCUAAAGCCACUGACGCAUUAACGCAGGUACAGUACUUUAAAUUGGAUGGUAUGGAAAAGUAUUAGGGCCACUUUAAAGGAAGUUUUCUGAAGUCACUGUAUACUUGGAUUGUUGCAUUUGCUUUCUUCGAAUAUUAAAGCACGAAACAAAGUACUCUGUGACCAGUAGGGCUGGGCAAUAUAUAUAUAAAAAAAUAAUAUCUUGAUAUUGUCAACAUUUUUACGAUAUGCGAUAUAUCUAUAUGUUUGCAUUUGCUUUUAAAUAAUAAAAAACAUGAUUUUC